AGAGUUUAAACUCCUUGUCUUGUGCUGCUGCUGGUGGUUCGAGAGAGCGUCACAUUUGCUGCUCGUGUUUUUUUUUUUAAGAGCCAGGCAGGCGGCAGCAUGGGAGGGGCCCUGCUUUUACUGAAGCGCAGAAGCAGCAGCAGCGCGGUGCGUAACUACAGUGGAGCUCUGCGCAGUGAGUCAGCUUAGGUAUCACACAGGCGCCGGCAAGUGAAUGAAUGAAGACAGAGAGAGAGGAGAGCCCUGCAAGAUCUGGAGACAGAAAAGGCGAAGGUAUCCAACUCUGGAGAGGAGAAUCUGACACGGAAACACAGAAGUGAUCGGAGCAAGCUUGUUGACGCAUAAUCCCACCCGCCCCGCCGGCACUGGGAGGGGGCAAAUCUAGCCUGCCUAAACUCCAAUCCUGCCAAAGAGAUUAACGGUGCGCUGCAGCAGGUUCAGAGCCAGCAAGAACAACAUUUGAUACGAGUUUAUUUGAAUAUUUCUUAGAUAUUUUUUGGAAGAAUUCUUUGGAAAACAGAUCGAGGAGCUAUUGCGCGCAUCAUUAGAGGCGAUUGAUUUCCCUGUUGGAUUCGGCACUGUCACUGCGCCGCGGACUGUGCGGGUUUUGGAUGCGUUCUGAGGUGUGGACAGGACCUAUCAUCAUCAUCACCAUCAUCAUCAUAGCAGGUAUUUGAUCGGGAUUGUGUUGCUUCCAUCGGAGAUCUGGAGCCAUGACAGGCCCCCCGCUGGUCCCACAGCCCGCCUGCUGACGGUACCGGGCAGGAUGGGAGCAGGUCUGCCGCGUUUAGGAUUCCGAAGAAGCCGAUUUAUCAAUGGAGGAGGAGAGUGACACCCGGAAAAUUAACAACAGCUUCCUUCGUGACCACAACUAUGCAACCGAAGCUGACAUUAUCUCAACGGUGGAGUUUAACUCAUCGGGGGAGCUGUUGGCCACCGGGGAUAAAGGAGGCAGAGUGGUUGUCUUCCAGAGGGAGCAGGAGAGUAAGAGUCAGCCCCAACGUCGAGGGGAGUACAAUGUUUACAGCACAUUUCAGAGCCACGAGCCCGAGUUCGACUACCUGAAGAGUUUGGAGAUCGAGGAGAAGAUCAACAAGAUCAAAUGGCUUCCUCAGCAGAACGCCGCCUACUUCCUGCUUUCCACCAACGACAAGACAGUGAAGCUGUGGAAAAUCAGCGAGAGAGACAAGCGUCCAGAGGGAUACAACCUGAAGGACGAGGAUGGACGGAUCAGAAACCCGUCGACAAUCACCUCGCUACGGGUGCCCGUGUUGCAGCCGAUGGACUUGAUGGUUGAGGCGACAGCCAGGCGAGUUUUCAGCAACGCUCACACCUACCACAUCAACUCCAUCUCUGUGAACUCCGACCUCCAAACAUACAUCUCCACUGACGACCUGCGGGUGAACCUGUGGAACCUGGAGAUCACCGACCGCAGCUUCAACAUUGUGGACAUCAAGCCGGCCAACAUGGAGGAGCUGACAGAGGUGAUCACCUCUGCGGAGUUUCAUCCCCAGCAGUGUCACACCUUCGCUUACAGCAGCAGCAAGGGCUCGAUACGCCUGUGUGACAUGAGACAGGCCGCGCUCUGUGACAAACACUGCAAAUACUUUGAGGAGCCAGAGGAUCCCUCCACUCGCUCCUUUUUCUCUGAAAUCAUCUCAUCGAUCUCCGAUGUGAAAUUCAGCCACAACGGGCGGUACCUGAUGACACGGGACUACCUCACUGUAAAAGUGUGGGACCUUCAGAUGGAGAACAAACCACUGGAGACGUACCAGGUCCACGAUUAUCUAAGAGGCAAACUUUGUUCUCUGUACGAGAACGACUGCAUCUUUGACAAGUUUGAGUGUGUCUGGAAUGGAUCAGACAGCGUCAUAAUGACUGGCUCCUAUAACAAUUUCUUCCGAAUGUUUGACCGGAACACAAAACGUGACGUCACACUGGAAGCAUCCAGAGAGAACAGCAAACCCAGAGCCAUUCUCAAACCUCGCAAGGUGUGUGUGGGCGGAAAGCGACGCAAGGACGAGAUCAGUGUCGACAGCUUAGACUUCAGCAAGAAGAUCCUGCACACUACGUGGCACCCGCAUGAGAACAUCAUCGCUGUAGCGGCUACCAAUAACCUCUACAUCUUCCAAGACAAGGUCAACUAAAGGGCAAUCCGACCCUGCUGACCCCCCCCCCCACCCCUCCCCCCUCCCCCCCAUACAUGAGGGGGCUGCUGGGAGAGGCAGGGUUUGGAGAAAGACAGUGAUGGAUCCCUGAUCUACAUCCUCCUUCUCCUCCUCCUCUCUCCCUGUGUCUUGUUGCUGCUGGUCUUGAAUUUCACCACUCUGCUGAGGAAGUGCAGAGAAAAGGAUCCGGGAACUGAUUUGUAGAGACAUUGGGGAACAUUUGGAAAACAGGAAAUUGAUUCAACCUGGAUACAACUUGAGGAGAAAGGGUCCCUUCAAAACCAAGAAUGGACUUUCAUUCUUCAAUUUGACUUCUAAUUUUUAUUUAUUUAGCAAAGCAGACACCUGAAAAAGUGAAUCCUGUGCAUUUAUGCAACAAGAGGAUUGCUGCAUGAAUAACACGAUGUAGCAGCCCUCUGGACCCUGAAGAAAAGGGGCUGGAUGUGGCGACACUGAACAAUAAAUAAGAGCACACAGACAGAAACAUAGCUUACAUGAUAGUGGCUCAUUGUCAUGUAGCAACAGUGCCCCCUGCCUUUGAGUCUGCUCAUGCUACAGUGCAUGUGAUCAACCCAACGCAGCCUCUGAUUGAGGCGACGUUUUAGGACAGCGCCACCCGCUGCACAGUUCCUACAGAAGAGGAAGAGACUGUUAUUAAUCUCUGACCCCAGAAACUAAGUUUUCUCUGCCUGUGAUGAAACGUGGUCAGUCUUUCUAGUUCAAAUUCUGUGUGAGACUGCUGUAGUCUGUAAUGUGAAUGAAGCCCCUCCAGGCUGUGUCAAUGGUUUUAUUUAAUGCUGUUGUUUUAUUGAGUCCUUCUCUCGGUCAGUGAGUCUGUUUAGAAGCUGUGGUGCCUUCUUUUGGUAUGUGGGGUUUGAUGUAGUGGGAGUGGGGGGGGGGGGGGGAACUGAGUACAAGGCAGGAGUGUGAAUGUUUCAAAUGAAAUCUUAACAUAGCAUUUUUUUUCUUUGUUUUUUUUCCUCUCUUCAACAACAAAAAAAAAAGGCUCAACUGAGGUCCCAAGUGAAAAAAAAAUGCUUGAAGCAAUGUAGUCAAAAUUACAUUAAAGCACCGACUACAUGCUUGUGAGUUCAGGAGAGGACUGUGAUAUGUUCAAAGUACUUGUUGCUUUUAUCACAUUGCAGUCAGUCUGAUGUCAUCUGUUUGCAAGAGACACAACAAAGCCACAUUAACUGGUUUUCAAAUUUGAAUUCUUCACAUAUUGGAGCUUAUUUGGAUAGUACUGAAAAUGAUCUGUAGAUGGUAGAAGAGUUUUGAUGUUGAUUUAUUGAACUUUAUAUUUAUUGGUGUAACAUUAUGCUAGCAAAGCUCUUUUUGCAUGUAUUGGAUCUGAUUCCGAUGAAUUUAACAGCUGGCACAUAGAUAUUUGAGCAUCUACAGAUCAUCUGAGGCACUAUGCAAGUACAACACUUUCUGCAGAAGUAGCCUUUAAAAGUUGAAUUUGUCAUUGCUGCAGUGCUUGCCCAUGUUCCUUCUCUUGCUGAAGACAAGUUACAGGUUGUAUUUCAGCACUCAGCUCUGAUGAGUUUGGAGAUUCUUAUUUAUGUCAAAUUUGUUUUUUAGAGCCAACUCCCAUAAAGGAAAGCAGUCAAAGGUCUGAACUCUGUCAAAUCAGGGACUUAUUAAGUGUGGUUCCUUUAAACAGUUAUGUCUUCUAAACAAUCUCCUUUGUGACACUAAUUGAAAAAAAAAAAAAAAAAAACUUUUAUAGCUCAGAAUGUAUUGUAAUGCAAUUAAACACCAUGCAGUCUUUAUGCUUACUGGACUUUCUUUGAAUAAAAAAAGAAUAAAGAUGUGCAAGUUCA